AUGGUCUCAAAUGUUUCAUCACCUUCACCCAUAACUCCAGCCAGAUAUGGCUGGCUUUUGCCAAGCCUUUUGGCAUCCUUUAAUGUGGCAGCACUGGCCACUUUGAGUGUCCUCUUUUUCUCCAUCCCCUGCCGAGCCUUGGCCCAGAGUGGAGAAUGGGCCCUUCCAGUGGCCACUGGGCUCCUCUGUCUCCUCAGUUUCUACAGCCUCAUUUGCAUGAACAUAUCAGACCCAGGCAUCUUGCACAGAGGCUCUGUGGAGCAGAACCCAGAGGCAUCCUAUGUGGCACAUUUGAACAACAAAUGUUUCCCAAUGCCAUGGUGUGCCAAAUGUCAUCUCCACCGCCUGCCCCGAACCUACCACUGUGAAAACUGCAACAUCUGUGUGGAGGAAUUCGACCACCACUGCAGGUGGAUAAACAACUGUGUGGGCCACCGCAACAUCAGGCUCUACCUGCUGCUCCUCCUCUCAUUGUGCCUCUACCUGGGUGCCGUGCUGGCUAGCUGUGUGGUAUUCCUGGUACACCGGAGGCACAUACCCUUCAUGGACCGAGCCCUCAGCAUCAUAGUGGCUAUACCUUCCGCUGGCUUCCUGCUGCCACUCAUCCUGCAGCUGCUCAUCAAGGCCAGGGCGGUGAGCACCGCAAGGCGCCCCUAUGAGACCCAGUCUAUAGUUCGGGAUUUGGACAAAUGCAUACCAUUGAGUACUCUCCACCAUGGUCAAGGUUAG